GAGCAAGAGAAGAGCCAAAGAGAAAGCAGUCGCCAAGAUGAAGCCAUCCACUUCAGCACCAGCCCCAGUCGCAGCCAUUCUGACGCUCGUGGUCGCUGCCCUGCUGCAGAUGCACUGCGUCCGUGGCCAGAACCAGGCCUUCGAUCUCACCAAGCUGCUGCCCAAGACCGGUGCGGAGCCCAUCUGGGCGGUGAUCGAUCGCAACUUGCCGCAGGUGCAGGAGCUGAUCACCACGGCCAGGAUGGAGUGCAUCCAGAAGCUGCAGCUGCCCAGGGAUCAGCGCCCGCUGGUGAAGGUGACCAAUCCCAGUGAGAAGGAGAAAUGCCUGGUGGAGUGCGUGCUCAAGAAGAUCAAGUUGAUGGACAGCGACAACAAGCUCAACGUUGGCCAGGUGGAGAAGCUGACCAGCCUGGUGACCCAGGACAACAAGAUGGCGAUCGCCGUCAGCUCCAGCAUGGCGCAGGCCUGCAGCCGCGGCAUCUCCUCCAAGAACAACUGUGAGGUGGCCCACCUCUUCAACCAGUGCAUCAGUCGCCAGCUGGAGCGCAACAACGUGAAGCUGGUGUGGUAGGGCCAUGGGCAUCACUAGCUACCACUAGAGAUCUUAACUAAAACGUGCCUCACUUAUUUUGGCCAUACUCUUGACUACCAUGGCUUCCCAGAUAAUUUAAACCGACAUUAUCUAUUAUCUAUUAGAUAUUAUAACUACAUAUAACAUAUUAUACAUUAGUUAUUGUAACCCAACUUUUUCUAGUACUAAAUCAAGUUAUAGUAGCUCA